ACACAUCCGGUUUCUCCCUGUUCGGAACGGAGUUUGAUGGGAUACGCUGCUGUGUUCUCCUCCCGAGGCUAUACAAACGGCUGUAACGGCUCCAAGUACAGAGAAGACUUACCGCCCCAGCUGCUCCACACCUGCCGCCCUCCCGCCGCCAUCCUGUCGCCAUCCCGCACCUCGAUCCAUGAUGAAUUUCCUCCUGGAAACAAUUCAAGUCCUCCUACUGUCCAUCUGGUACAAUGUGGAAUCUUUUAUCCACCUGUUUGUUCCCAUUAAGAAGAAGAACAUAGCUGGCGAGGUGGUCCUGAUAUCUGGGUCAGGUAGCGGUAUCGGUCGUCUCAUGGCACAGGAGUUUGCAGCUCUUGGCACUGUGUUGGUGUUGUGGGAUAUUAACCAGGAGGGAAUGAAGGAAACGGCCAGACUGGCUAAACAGAGCGGUGCCAGCAGAGUCCACUACUAUCUGUGUGACUGCAGCGACAAGAAUGAAGUUUACAGAGUGGCUGACCAGGUGAAGCGAGAGGUGGGUGACGUCAGCAUUCUGGUGAAUAAUGCUGGGAUAGUGACGGGAAAGAAGUUCAUGGAUGCUCCGGAUUCCCUGAUUGAAAAGACGGUGGAGGUCAACACUAUGGCUCACUUCUGGACCUACAAGGCCUUCCUUCCUGCCAUGAUAGCCAACAAUCAUGGCCAUCUUGUCAGCAUUGCCAGUUCUGCUGGACUCAUCGGAGUCAAUGGAUUGGCAGACUACUGUGCCAGUAAGUUUGCAGCAGUAGGUUUUGCAGAAUCAGUCGGUCUGGAGCUGCUUGCAACUGGAAAAGACGGUGUCAAGACCACUAUUGUGUGCCCGUACUUCAUCAACACUGGAAUGUUCGAUGGUUGUCAAACUAAGUGGCCAAGGCUUUUGCCAAUCCUGGAUCCAGACUAUGUAGUCAAGAAGAUCAUCCAUGCUGUGCUCACAGACCAGGUCUACCUGCUGCUGCCCAGGAGCAUGUACCUCAUCGCAGCUCUCAAGAACAUUCUUCCCAUGAAGCUUGGCAUUCUGCUGGGCCAGUAUCUAGGAGCCUUCAACCUCAUGGACACGUUCAGGGGGCGCUCCAGGAAACAGGACUAAAUGAAGAAAGGGGAGAAUAAGAAGUGAAGGAUAACCAAAUGGAAGGAGACAUGUUUUAAGCCGUCCACUCAACACCCGUUUUGCUUUAUCUCUCUGUGUAUAGGUGUGAUGAUACUGAACUGGGCAGUUGUGGUUGGAUUGAAUCUGAGAGUUUAAUUCCUCUUAAUUUCAAUGAAUCAUACUUGAAUACAAAUAGCUAUUUAUCUCUCAAUAUCUUAUACUAUAUAUGAUGUUUUAAGCAAUUAUAUCCUUAAUGUACUUGAUUUAUUUUGUUCUUUAUUGUUAGUUUACUAUUUACUAUUUACAGGUAACAGAAGGACCCCUUCUUAUAGAUUGUGAAAUAUACAUGUCAUUUUUGUAUAUUUUAAAAAUGUGUCACCAGGUGCUCAUACUCAUGAACACUGACAGGUUUCUGUGGUCCAGACCACUCAAAGCUCCUAUGUUCAAAUUUUUCAUGGGCCCAAUCACCAUUACAAUGCACCAACAGCAACAGUCACUUCUGGGUAGAAAACUGACCGUUAAUUUGCAUAGUAGAUGUAUGAUGUCUUUUUUGUUUUGUUUUGUUUUGUUUUUUUCUGUGUUGUGAUUUUCAGCAGUAACUGUAACAUUUAAAGAUAUAUAGUUACAUGCAAACAUGGUGGUUCAACCUAUUUCACGUUUCUGCUGUGUAGGGCUGGACAAUUAAUCACAAAAUCUUUCGAGAGUAAGAGCGUUUCAGAAACAUCCCACUCCUACACUGAUUCUUCCACAAAUCACACCCUGUUUAUCACAAUAAAGAUAUUGGCUUUUGCUCCAGCUCUGGCAGUUACAGUGUUGCCAUGGAAAUGGCAGAGUAAUAUUGAGUAAAGUGUGCUGUCAUGCUGAUGUGAGCACAUUCUAAAUGUCUAGUUGGCCAAACAGACUGCUUGAUUGCUACAGAACUACAUGUAUAAUACCAUGUAGUCACCACAUACAAACAUAUCCACAUAUCUUGUAUGGCUUGAACUUUGCUUUAAUCUAGCACUGUUAAUGUGUGUAUUUUUUCUCCUAUGUAAUUUCCAGUCCAAUUUUGAACUGAUUGUCAUCAAAUGAGUGUCUGUAAUUUGUAGAAUUUGAUAUUUUCAUUUUCAACACAAAAUAUGUAAGAGGCCUUAAUUACUGAUUUAUCUGUAUUAUGCGGAUUGCAGUUAAUAGUAUACAUGUACUGCAUUAACCAUGCUAACUGUUGAAUAAACUCAUACAGGCAGUUCUGGAAACAUGAAAAAGAAUGUCAGAAAUGUAGAGAUUGUUUAAGUAUGUGUGUGUUUUACUGUAAUUUGGGGAAUUUUUAUCAAUACAUUUUUAAAUUUCAAAUAUU